AAUUUUGUUAUUAUCUGAUUACAUUGGAGUGUUCCAAAAUUGUAAUGCUUUUUACAAAUUUAUUUCAAACAAGUUUGGUCAGAUACUUAGAUAAAGUUUUCAUGUUUUAUGUUGAAGAUGAAAAUCUUUGUUACAAAAAUUAUAAAGAUUUAGAAGUUGAAGUUAAGUUAAUUGGCGAUUAUUUAGAUAAAACUAAAGUGACUACAAUACAUACUGGUUAUGUAGGAAUAUGUGUUAAGCAGAAUUUAUGUUUGCCAACUCUUAUUUUAGGGUGUCUACAGAAUGAGAGACCAAUAGUGUAUAUUGAUGUUGAAAACCAAACGGAUUUCAAUAAACGUCUCAUAGAAAAUUUGCAUAUAACAAAUUUAUUUUUAGAUGAACAAAGUGAAAAGUUGAAGUAUGUCUUAAAAUCACCUCAUGUAGUUGCACAGUUUUCCAUAUGGAAUAUGAAAAUACAGCUGUGGGAAACUGGUGAAAUUUUCUACAGGACAAUGGACAUUCCUGUAAUGAUGUAUGCUGUACAAACGUCAGGGUCAACAGGAAAACCUAAAACAGUACAAGUUACUGAGAAAUCUAUUCUUCCAAAUAUCUUAGAUCUUAAAAGUCUUUGGAAUGUAACGGAGAAUGAUGUGAUCCUGCUGGCAUCCCCGCCAUCUUUUGACCCGUUCAUGGUAGAUCUGUUGCUGGCUGUGGUAUCAGGAGCUGCUCUCCUACUUGUCAGCCCUGAGGUGCGAUUGUCCCCCCACUAUCUGCUCGAAACAGUUUUUCCCGUCCAUUCUCCCGCACUUGUGACAAUUGCUCAACUCACACCUUCUAUCUUCACUCGAUGGAGCGUGGAACAGAUUAGAACUCGGAUCUUGUCGGAAGACAGCAAUUUGAGGGUUCUUGCAUUAGGUGGAGACAAGUUUCCACCAGGGUCGUGGUGGCUGCAGUGUCGUGCGGACGGUAACCGUACACAGUUGUACAACCUGUACGGCACCACGGAGGUGUCGUGUUGGGCCAUGAUGGGGUCUGGGACGGACGGCUCGCUGGGCUCACCUUUGACAGACACUGAGCUGAGGGUCGUGGACAGCGAGGGACGAACUAUCACUGACGGUACUGGAGAGAUGUACAUUGGCAGCAAAACUAGGAUCUGCAUGGUAGAAGGUGAUAUUUGGGACCAGAUGACAUCUCCUGUUUUUAGACCAACUGGAGACUUGGUUACUGUGAAGAACAACAGAUAUGAUUACAUAGGACGUAAAGAUAAUUUAGUGAAGAGGUGGGGUCAUCGGGUCAGUCUGGAUGAUGUAGAAGCAGUCGCAUCAGAACACACAGACGUGGCCGCAGUCUGCUGCGUUCUGUGCAAGGACAUCCUGGCUCUGUAUAUAUGCCUGCGGAAAGGCACAUCUGCUGUACACACGGUCAAAGACAGUUUGAAGCAAAUUCUGUUGAAGCGUCUAAACAAAGCAUCAGUUCCAGACGUUAUUCUAUUGGUUGAUGAGUUACCACUCAAUAGACAUGGUAAAAUAAACAAAAAUAAAUUAAAGAUGAUGCUGCCUGAACUGAAAGAUGAUGAAGCGAAAUAUGAAAACUCAAUUGAUCUUUUUAAACAUCUAUGGAAAAAAUAUACUUGCCAAGAUGUGACAGAAGACUCUGGAUUUCUCAGUAUUGGAGGGAACUCUGUAACGGCAAUGUUGAUAGUAAACAGCAUGGCUCUACGGGGCUUUGACCUAUCAAUGACGGUAUUAACAGAAAUGUUAAACAACGGAACUUUGUCUGACAGCUGUAGGCUGAUUGAAUCCUACAGUGGAAGUCAAUCAUUAAGAGUAACGCAAAGCCAUUCUGAACCAGAUGGGAAUGUGUUUAAAAAGAAAAAAAUAGAUAACACAAAUGAUGUUAUGUUUUUCAAAAUGAAAGGCUCUACGAAUAAUUUAUCAGAGAUGGUUGAAAGUAACGUACUGAAUAUUGCUUGGUCGUACAAUUUGGGGAAAUGUGUGGAUGCUUCGCCAACCUGUCUUGUAUUUAGAGAUGGUUCGAGGUUGGCAGUAGUGGGGUCUCACUCUGGAAGGUUGGCAGCACUAAGUCUAGAGAAAGGAGAGUUGUUGUGGGAAAUUCAGUUACCUGACAGAAUAGAGUCAUCUGUCGUCCCCUCUCACUGCGGGAGGCAAGGGCUAAUAGGUUGCUACGAUGGGAAUGUGUACAGCAUAAGUUUAACAUGUGGUACUAUCCUAUGGAGCUUUAAAACAGCUGCGAUGGUUAAAGGGACGGCUGUGGCAACGGACAAAUCUUAUAUCAUAGGCUCCUAUGACUACCAUGUCUACUGUCUGACCACAGAUGGCAGACUAAACUGGAAGCAGAAGAUGGAUGGAAUCGUGUUGGCAACACCUGUGUACCUGCCGCAACAUAGUUUCGUCAUAGUGGCUAGCCUGACUGGACAGUUGGCAGGUCUAGAUGGUAGCAAUGGAGAGUUUAAAUGGACCAUCUGUCUCGCCUCGCCUGUAUUUUCCACUCCAUGUAUUGCUAAAGACUUGGUUGUGGUCGCUGAAGUGGAAGGAAUCCUUCAUGGAAUACAAGCACUCAGUGGCAACAAGGUUUGGCAGUACUUCAUAGGUAACAAGAUCUUCUCAUCUCUCAUAACUGUUGAGGAUUCAGUGUUGUUUGGUUGCCACGACAGCAGUGUCCGUCGUGUACGUGUGAGCAGCCCCAGUGAGAUGUGGCGUCAUCCUACUGACUCUCCUGUGUACGCUACCCCCACCCUACUCUCCCCCCAACACCUGGUUGUUGCCUCUACCUCAGGUGUUGUUAGUGUGCUAGAUAUAACCAAUGGGUCAGAACUAUGUUCCUCUGUGUUACCCAAAGAAGUAUUCUCCUCGCCGGUGGCUUGUGGUGGUUACGUCGUCACCGGUUGCAGGGACGAUAAUGUUUACUGUUUUUUAGUUGGAAAUAAAAUUUUGUAAAUACAAGUGUGUUAAUGUGAAAGCCUUACACUGUAAACACUUUUACUCCUUCCUACAGAAAACUUUGUUGUAAUCUAUAAUAUAAUUGGUCCUGAGAUACUGUAAUCAAUUAUGAG